AUGAAAAAAUAUCAUACUGCUUUAAUAUACGAGAUUCAACUAAAGGAAAUCUUUGAUGCCAACCCAGUUACUCCAAACAGAAAUCGAGUAGAUUGUUGUUUUCGUGUACUUAAAGAUCUUGUUCCAAAAAUUGGAACGUUUUCACAAGUUUUGGGAAUUAUCACUGAAGAACUUGCACGAUCUGUAUUUUCCAAUGGGCUCACAUCAACUAAUCAAGAACCAUUUAUUGAAAGUAUCCCAUAUUUCAGCUUAAUGAAUCAGAUUGAUGACGUGAGAGCUAUAGAAAGUAACAAAACCCAAGAAGCGCUUGAAGAUUUGCAACAAAGGGUUAAAUUUCGCGACUACGAUUUAACGGUUUUGUAUAAAAAAACUCUAUUUUUAAAACAAGAGAUUAACGAACGUGAACAUCAUGAAAAGCAACUUGAAAGAGAUAUUGCAAACCUCCAAACAAAAGUUCAGCAAUAUGAACGAGAAAAAAACGAAUUACGCAUUGCAUCUUUACGCGAAGAAGAGGCUUUAAAAAGUGAUAUUCAAAAACUGCAGACCAAUUUAACCCAGUCAAACAGUAUCAUUAAAAAACUCACUAUGUUCAAAGCGGCAUCUAAUGAUGGAUCUGAUGAAAAAAAGCUGGACAGCGAAAUCGAUUCUAAUAAGCAUGAUCUGAUUUUCAAUUCAAAAGGAAUGGCUUCUUACGAUCUCUACCAGGCCAAACAGUUUCAGCGACAGUUUGCAGAGAUUUUGGAUUUUCAGUUGGAUGACUUUGAUGCUAGUUUAGCACAAAUCCGAAAAAAAUACGAAAUAAUGCAAAGCGUAACAGGAAAUAGCCAAACCAAUCUUCAAAACCAGCAAGUUUAUCAAAAAGAGCUUGACGAUCUUUUAAAAAAGUUUGCAGCGCAUAUGCAAGAGUUGCUUGGUGAAUUAAAGCUACUCGAUAUACAUAUCAAGGGACUAGAACUUGUUAAUAACAAGCUUUCUGAAGAAUCCAGUAAUGCCACCAUCGAUAGUGUUGCAAAUAUAGCCUCAAGAAAGUACUCUGGAAUUCUGCAAAUUUCAAGUGAUAACGGAGCCAGCUUUCAUUCUUUCGGAAAGCUUAAAUAUUGUUCUCAAUGUGGUGCUAGACCAGUAGUAUGCCCACAUCAAGGACUGCACUCUGCGCCAAUCAAACUUCCUCAAGGAUGUACACAUUUAAAGUUUAUUCAUCCCCUACUGCUAAUGAGAACGACAUUUAAUUCAAAGGAUUCUCCAGGACCUACAUUAAAUGUACUAGGUGGCCAGAACAAUGACAAGACUUUUCAAACAGAAGACGAAGAUAACAAUAUCUCAGCAGCAUUUCUCAGAAUAUGGGGAGAAUACUACAGAAACAGAAAUGGGUUCAAGCCAACGCUCAAUCGAACGUACUCUUUGCAAAAGUUGCUCAGUUUUAUCCAAGAAAUUUACGACAUGCGCUGGAAACUAGAGAUCAAAUAUGACGAAGGCGAAUUUUCUGAAGAUACUGAGCUACCAACCUUUAUUAAUUUCUUUUACAAGACGAUUAUUGAUCGCUAUCAAAUUGAAGAGGUGGCAAUCAAGGCUAUACAUGAUAUCUUUCAUGGACUGCAAAUCCACGAGAGCGCAAAUCAGAUUGUAGGAAUAUUUGUAACCCAUCUUAGUGGGCACGAAGAUGUCAUAUGGAAAUAUCAUUAUAUGGCAAAAAAGCUGAUUUAUAGCAAGUCAGAGCCCAUGGAUAUGGUUCGGUAUCGUCAAAUCAUUUUUAUCAUUUAUCCCAAUCAGCCAAGGGAAAUGUAUGAUCAGAUGGAACUCGAGUAUAUUGCGUACUGCAAAAACAAGGUUUCAAAAGAAUCCAUGGACGAUCAUUUGGUGCACAUGCUGCAUACCGGAAUUGAACCCAAUUUUAAAUUUUUUUUUCGAUGUUUUCAAAAGUUUGAUUAUCAGAAAAAAGGAUAUCUGGCAUACGAAGACUUUGAUGAAGCUUUGACACAGAUCCUGCCUUCAGCAUCAAAUCGUGAACGACGGGUACGAUAUAAGCUUGCAGAACUGGAUGGAAAAAAGGACAAGGUUACAAUUGAUCGUUUGGCACACAUUGCAGCAUAUAUAAUCAUGUACAGCUGCUAUAUGAGCAAGUGGGCAAUACAAUCGCUUAUUUCGACAGAUUUUAUUGAAUUUAUGGGAGGAAGAGAUUCAGCUAGCAGUACUGCUGAAUUCCAAAAUAACAAUGGAGAUUAUUCUAAUUGGAAAUCAUGA